AUGAACAGAGGUAAACUAUUCCACAUAGAAAUGCAUAGUGCUGUCGAUGAGUUUUAUAACGCAACUGAUCCUGAUAAUGAACGUAGUGACACUGAGGGUGAGAACUUUAAUGAUGAUGACGAUCAAGAUGUUGAUACCGAGUCUAAUAAACUCUGUUUGAAGGAAAUUAGUAGUGGAAAUGAUGAAAGUGAUUGUGAUAAAGAACAAAGUGAAACCAGUGACACUUGUAGGGAUAAUGACGAAAUUCAACUGGACGUGGAUGCCCGCCUUGGGCCGCGCACGCCACAUCCCAGAUGGAUGUCAAGAAUGGAGAGAAUCAUCGAGGAAAAUUGUGGACACGAGGAGGUAACGAAGCCAUUGUCAGAGGACCAACAACAUAGAGAAGAUGGGCUUGAUGGCAGUGGAGGCGCAGAAGCUGGUGCCAGUGGAGAUUCAGCAGAUGCUGGAUCACAGGGAACUACUGAAAACUUAUCUAAAAUUGCUAGAAUGCCUGUACAACGUGAUGCUGUACGAUACGACGGGAAUCACAGUCAACGUGGGCACUGUUUGAUAUUAAAUCAUCGUAUAUUUGACUCCAAUACUGGUUUUUCGGAGCGUCAUGGGACUGAUCGCGACCGUGACCAAGUUCAGAAGUUGUUUGAAAAUUUAGGGUUUAAAGUGACGGUCCAUAAUAACUUGACCGCCGGCCAGGUCAAAGCUGAAAUUCAGGACUUGGCUUUUGGUACUGAUCACUCAGAUUGUGAUAUGAUGGCUAUGGUGUUUAUGUCACAUGGGGAGCAAGAUAUCUUGUGGUGUAGGGAUGGCCACAUAAAAGUCGAGUUUCUAUUUCAGAGCUUUCAAAGCGAUCAAUGUAAAUCUCUCGCUGGAAAACCCAAGUUGUUCUUCAUACAGGCUUGUCGUGGAGAGCGUCUGGACAAUGGCGUGACACUGGAACGCUCUCGACCUACUGUUGAAACUGACUCCGGUUACUUGUCCCACAGAAAUCCGGUAGCGCCUGACUUUCUAAUCUGCUGGUCCACCGUACCAGGUUAUUAUUCAUGGCGCGGCAGUUUCAACGGUUCCUGGUUCAUACAGUCGUUGGUUCAUGUCUUGGGCAAGGAAUACACCCAUGAAGAUUUGCUGUCCAUGAUGAUAAAUGUCAAUAGAUAUAUGAUUAUUAACUUUGAAUCCAUCUGCCCUACUAAUCACCACAUGCAUGGAAUGAAACAGACAGCCAGUAUUGUCGCUACUUUGAUGCGCAAGGUAUACCUUACACCUAAAUACUGACAACAUGAUGAGUGAAGAAACUCAACAUGAUCAGUCAGGCUUGCACUGGAGGCACCAAUAACCUUGGAAGAACACGUUCAAAUUUCUGAACGUGCAGAUCCUCAUGUAUCCUUGUUGUCUGAGAUAGAUAAGUUCUUGUGUUGGCCAGUAAAACUCAAGAAGAAACCCUGUAAAUUCUCUAGAGAAAGGAAAGCAAAAGAAAACAAGCCACUGUGGAACUUCCAUCGGAGUUUAGAACAGCCAGACUAGUGGGACAUCAAUUAGUCUGUAAAGUCUAACUAAUAACAAGGCAAAGUCUACAUUACUGAAAAACUGUAUUUAUAUCCAGAGUUAUUGUUGCUAAUUGCUCAGUGAAAAUUAUACUUUUUAAAUAAACAAAUUAAGUUGUGUAAAUUAGUGUGUUCUUCUGGUAGUGAGUGUUCUUCAAGGAUAAAUCUAAGCAUUAAAUUUGAAUAAUUGUCUUUAAUAAUAUCUAAUAUAAUUGUUGUAAAUUAUUUUGUUAGCUGACAAGUUUAACACCAAGUGAACAAAGAAGUUUGCAGGUAUCUUGUAGAGUUUGUUUUAUUUUCAUACAAAUGAACCUUAUCAGGUAAAAUGUCUUUCAUUGCCAUGAGUGAUAACAUUAUCAUGUAGAAAUGUCUCAUUACCGUGACUUUGAAGAAAUUAGGUUAGAAAAUUUUAGGAACG